CGUGGCAGGGGCAGCCACUAAGUAGGGUUUCUAUGCCCUUGGCCUUCCUUGUUAUUCUCUUUACUACUGCUAAGCUUCAUUCUCUCUGCAAAAACAAACCCAAGCAACCGUUUCAAAUGGAGUCAAAUGGAGAUGACGCUGCACGAAUCCUCGCCGAAAUUCAAACUUUGAAGGCUUCAAAGACCGACUUAGAUAAUCGAAUUGCGGCUCUCGAAGCUCAGCUUCGUCUCUUCAAUCUCCGUCACGACACCAUUUCCUCUAACGGUUCUUGUCCUUCAAUUUCCAACCCUGAUACUGGUUUCGGCCACGGUUUAUCUCCUGAUACGAUUUACCGUUACAGUCGUCAUCUCUUGCUCCCUUCUUUUGGAGUUCAAGGGCAGUCGAAUCUCUUGAAGUCUUCUAUUUUAGUUGUUGGAGCUGGUGGGUUGGGCUCGCCUGCUCUGUUAUAUCUGGCGGCUUGUGGUGUUGGCCGAUUGGGUAUUGUUGACCAUGAUGUCGUUGAGUUAAAUAAUAUGCACAGGCAGGUUAUACAUACUGAAGCAUUUAUUGGUCAGCCAAAAGUAAAAUCCGCUGCUGCUGCCUGUCGUUCGAUCAACUCCUCCAUUCUGGUUGUGGAACACCAAGAAGCUCUACGUACGUACAAUGCCUUAGAAAUUUUUAGCCAAUACGACAUAAUUGUAGAUGCAACAGAUAAUGCUCCAAGCCGUUACAUGAUCAGUGAUUGUUGUGUGCUGUUGAGGAAGUUCCUACUCAUGUACAUGCAGCCUCUUGUAUCAGGUGCUGCAUUGGGGUUGGAAGGGCAGCUCACUGUCUACAAUUACAAAGGAGGUCCAUGCUAUCGAUGCCUUUUUCCAACCCCACCUCCUACAACGGCAUGCCAAAGAUGUGCUGACAGUGGAGUUCUUGGAGUUGUGCCUGGUAUCAUUGGUUGUCUCCAAGCACUUGAGGCCAUUAAAAUUGCAAGUGCUGUAGGUGAACCACUGUCAGGACGGAUGCUUCUAUUUGAUGCAUUGUCAGCACGAAUUCGUAUUGUCAAAAUUAGAGGCAGGUCAUUACAAUGUGAAGUUUGUGGAGAAAAUUUAGUGUUCACCCAAAAGCAAUUUAAAGAUUUUGAUUAUGAGAACUUCACACAGUCUCCUUUGGCAACGGCUCCAUUGAAAUUGAACCUGCUUCCAGCAGAUUCCAGAAUAAACAGUAGAGAGUUCAAGGAGAAACUUGUUAAAGGGGAAGCACAUGUGUUGGUAGAUGUACGCCCUGCCCACCACUUUAAGAUUGUUUCUCUUCCCAAUGCCUUGAACAUCCCGCUAUCAAGUUUGGAGGCUAGGUUGCCUGAAAUCUCAUCAGCUUUGAAGGGAGAGGGAGAGCGCAGGGGUAUUGAAACAGAGUCGGGUGUGAGCCUAUAUGUUGUCUGUAGAAGAGGUAAUGAUUCACAGAGGGCUGUUCAAUUAUUACACGAGAAGGGCUUUAGUUCAGCCAGGGAUAUCAUUGGGGGCUUGGAGGCCUGGGCCAAUGACGUAGAUCCAAAUUUCCCAACAUAUUAGAAGUUGAAAAUUUUCAAGUAGCUUUACAGAAGGAGAUCCAUUUUAUUAUUGUGCCAGUUUUGUUCCAGUUAUGAUAUAAGAAAAGGAGAUCUGUUGAAGCAUUCAUCUCUGUUUUCACAAUGUAUUACAUAAUUAGAUGGCAUAACCAUUAAGGUACAUAAUGUAUAGAUAUUUGAUAAUGACAAUAGCCUGCUUGUGGGUACUAA